CAGUUCAUCCUAUGCGUGGAAUCGUUAAACCAAACAAGCCGGUUCAGCUGACUGUUGAAUUAAUUGGCAUGAACGAAGGAUCAUUUUUCAGUGAAUUCUGGAUCAAAUCGGUUCCGAAUAUACGCAUCCCUUUUAACGUCAAGGUAAUCGUACCAAAACUUGUAAUUUAUCAUCCGAAUACAACUGGAGAUUUCACUCUAAUCGAUUUUUCGCAAACCGUCGUAAAUACUCGAAAGUAUGAUUCCUUUGUUGUACGAAAUAUUUCUUCUCAAGUAGCUAGUUAUGUGGUGCUGGGCGAAAUAGACAACGAACUUAUAUGCGUUCGGGACAUUAAUCGCAAGAAGUAUCCUGUGUACAGAGUUUUUGAAAUUCGACCGAUUCAAGGUCGUAUUGGGCCAUUCGAGGGUAUUAUUUUCGAAGUAGGGUUUACACCAAUAGACGGUUUAACGCAUUGGCGAGAGACGGUGGAAGAGAAAUCGAACACACAAGAGAAGGAUUUCAUGGCUUUCAUAAGAAUCGUCAGAGUACACGUCACCGAGACCAAACACAUUUUGAGAGCCAAUGACAGUAUACGAAACGCGCUAACUGAGGCGUUGCAAACUAUUAAUCAUCAAAAACAUGUACCAAUAAUGAACGACUACUCUUCGUCCACGUUGACCGAAACCAGUAUAGAAUCUGGUCUGAACGAUACCGUAAGACUCUGUCUCCAUGGCGAAAUGGAAGCGGCGCGUUUAUGCUUCGAACCAGAUAUUCUCUAUUUCGGUGAACUUCAUGUCGGCGAACACUCACAGCGUGUACUUCGUAUAUCGAAUCCAUUAAAAUUCGCAACAUUACUCUGUAGCUAUGUGCGUAACGCAUCAGCUCGUUGCUAUCCAGAAACUAUAAUGCUGAAACCGGGAGGAUCUAUAGAAGUGCUGUUGAAAGUUCGAGGAAAGGAGAAUGUUAAUUCGUCAUUCGAAGUUUACUUCGACACCGCAGCCGACUCGUGCGAAUCAACGAAAACUAGACGUCAAACGAAGAUAAAAGUAGGAAGGUAUGCUGUACAAUGUAGGGUGAACGUGAAACUGCUGACCACCGUGAAACGAUCAUGUUUACCACGGGGGCGAAGUAUUUUCGAUGACUAUUCUGAAGGUGCAUGGAAGCCCCUAACAGAUAAUAGAAAGACACCAUCGAUACAACCUCUUUCAAUAAAACCGAAAACGAUAAAGCCGAAGAAAGAGAUCAUUGAAAUAAAAUGCAAGGACGACGAAGAAAUUAUGCAAAAGGUUACUCAUAUUCCUAAGUGGAAACAUAAAGAUGUAUCAGGAACUGUGAAAUGCCUUGCGUCUUUGGGCAAAAUGUUAUCGACUCUAACUGCUAGUACCGAAGUUUUAAUACCCCUUUCUCCUUUGCAAAUAUACAACGUACGCAUGUAUCCUACCUUAUUUGCUUUUGGAAUGGUUGUCCCAAGAAGUCGCAAUUACCAACAGCUGAUCGUCGAAAAUUUGAACGACUUUCCAAUCAUGAUUCGCCUCACGAGCUUGUCCUCCAAGUGCAUUCAUUUCCCGAAGGGGAAUCUAAUUAUUUUGCCACCUGGUCUGCACGCCACGCGAUUAGUUGAAUUUCGAGCGCAUCAUAUCGGCAAAUUCAAUGGUUACAUUGAUUACGUUAUCAACAACAAUCAUUCGUUCGAGCUUGGUGUCACUGCUAAUAUCGUUGAGAAACAGUUAUCAUUGGACUCUCGUGAAGUAAUGCUUGGCGAAGAUUUGGUCAAGGAAGAAAUCUAUCGGCCGAUGGAUUGUACUGUUCAGAUUAGGAAUAAGUUGGAUGCGAAAACGAGCUUCCGAUGGGAAGUACCCGCAACGUGUUGCUUCUUCGUCGAACCAAUAUCGGGUGCAGUCCGUGGAAAUGCUUCGUUGUUCAGUUAUAUAUACUACAAGCCCGAUUUUACAAGGUUCAGUUCUACCGAAUUGAUAAUAAAAUGUGAAAACAGCAGUUACAGUACUGUACGUGUGAGUAUGCCAGUACAGACGCCCAAAGUUAACUUCAUCAAAGACCUCAUAAAUGUCGGUGACAUUCCACUAAACCUGCCGACAAAAACGGUCGCUGUUUUGAGGAAUUUUGAAUACAUCGAAAUUGAAUUCGAAGUUGAUACUUCGUCUUUGGUUCAUGGAUGCACUGUUAGUCCUCUUCACGGAGUAUUGGCACCUCGUGGAGUUGCCAUCUUCGAGAUUUAUUUGACAUUUAGCUUAUGCUUUCAUUUUACUCUGGUGAUUCGUCUAACGAUACAGAAGCAUGUGAACGUUCAGUUUAAAAUCACAGGCAACGUAACGUUCCCGCAAUUAAAGUUGCAUCCGAACUCCAUUAACUUACGGCGAAUAAGUGCAUCCGCGUAUCAACAUUGCUUAAUCACCGCAUCAAAUAUUGGAACGACUAUGUUAAAAUUGAGAUUUCUACUAAAUGAGUAUCCAGAAUUUCGUAUUUCAUUAUCCUCGCAGAGGCAAGAUCCUGGAAUAGGCAAUAAGGACACUAUGCUUGCACCAAACACUAGCCAGGAUUUUCAUCUUCAUUUCGAACCCAUCGACUUGGCUAGUUACGCAUUUUAUCUCCCAAUCAUCAUCAACGAUGUACUCGGCCCUGCAUUAAUGACGAGCCACAGAUCGUCUAAGCCUUCAGAAUAUUUGAAACAAUUCAAAAAUCAUUAUAUCGGCGUACCUAAUCUGACUCUGCAAAAAUUGCCUCCUACCAUCGUGACGAUGCCGAUUGAUUGUACAGUCGCAGGACACUUGAUUUUCUUUAACAAACUGGUGUUUCAUUUCAACACCCUAACGAACAACGUGUCAGACGAAUUCUGCAUAGAAAAUCGCGAAUCAAUGGAGGAGAAGAUCGUCCAAAUAGACAUCAGCAACUUCUCGACUGCCUCGUGUCCGUUUUCGAUUCAAUGGUCAGCGGGUGAAAAACCGAUUGUUAACCCGGACUGCAUUCGAUGUACGUUGCAAAAAGGGGAAAGGUGUGCGUUCUCGCUGUCGUUUCAGCCCAAGUCUCAAGGAAGUUAUUCCGUCGAUGCGCCAAUAUUCAUCCGCAAUGAAUCGAACGGUGAGAUGUUUAAUAAAUUAUGCCUCGUCGGUGAAUAUCCUGCCAGCACUAUCAAGGCGGAAUUUUCGGAAAUAUUCUUCGUACCUGUGCCGUUAAAUACUUCGCUGGAAAAAAAGUUUCGAUUGUAUAUGCGAUACUUCGAGAAAGACGUGGUCAUCUUGUCGAACAUUAUGCCACCUGAAUAUUCCAGUGGACAAUAUACGGAAAACCUACUUCUUAUAAAUUUUAUCGACACAAAUAUCGUGCCUGCUUCCGAAUACUCGGAAUUGGAGGUGAAGAUGGUUUUCAAAAGCGAGGUGUCUGUUUCCUUCCGCGUGAUCGUUGAAUUCUUUGACAGCGAUGGAAUGGCUGUCUGCCCUGUAAUUGUUCAUGCUACAUCCGAAAACAGUUUGCUGACUACGCACAUGUAUAUAAGAACCCCGAUCAUCGAUUUUCAAUGGUCACUGAGCAUCGAUAAAAGAGUAUCUCGAGCUUCCAAAACGUCUGACAGUUUCACCGACGACGAAGAAUAUGAAGUAAACUCUUACAGGCCAAGACAAACGUCAGAACCAAGAAUAGGCAUUCUCACGUAUUUCGGUCGAAAGAGUCGAGUAUCGAUUGAAAAAUUGAUGGAAAGUAAGCUGAAACUAGCGGUGCACGAAUCGCAGGUGGUCCCAUACGAGAAAGAGGUUCUUAACAACGCCGAUAAAUUGGGGGAAGAUACGAAGAAAGGUGUAGCAGAAAUCCCAAACGAAAAAUCAAAAGAAACCACCCCAAGAUCCGAAUCAAAAGUCGAAGAUCUUCAAGAGGCAAUGCAGUAUCCCUUCUUUCCUUUUGAUGGCGAGAGCGACGAGUUUGAAAUUUAUAUGAACCAAACGCUAAAGGCCGCCGAAGAGUGGAUGCACAGUGGGCCUUUCAAGUUUAACUUUUAUGCUGACAUUUUGUGCAUUAAAAUGGCACUGUCCAAGUAUUAUUCAAAGAAACCAACAGAGUUUAAAACUGCGACACGGAAAAGCCCGGAAUUAGGGUUCGUGAGCGUGCUCGAAUCGUUGAUAGGACCGACAAUUUAUGAUUACAUUGGACAAUUCAAAGAACUGCCAGCAAAAGAUAUCGACAGGGUAAAUUACGUAUAUAAUCUUUACGACAAUAUUCUUCAGUUCUUGACAAAGUAUGGGGCUUACUUGUGCCACGUUCAACCACAAUUUUUACUCAAUUACGAGGAAUACAUCGUUCUUCUAGAAAGUUCACGCUCUAAAGCCUAUACACGAAGAUCGGGGAUAGAGCUAUCGAUGCAAGAAAAAUUGUCACCGCUGAAGUUCGAAUGUCGUAGCAAACAAUGCUGGCUAGAUGUGAUCUUACAAACGUACAAAUGUUUCGUAUUACCGCUCGUUCUUGAGAGCAAAGGUAAAGACGAAUCUUCGCCUUCGUUCACCCCGCAAUGUUCCAGACGAUCUACUAUUCAACGAGCAUCUACAGCGCCUUCUACAUCGAGCUUCCGCAAGCAAUACGAAACUCACAAUACGAUAAUUGGAAACAUCAGCACAGAAAUAUCGUCCAAGUCACCUGACAAUAAUUAUUCUUUUGAUGAAUCAUUCUUAUUGGAAUGGUUGCGUCAGCAUUACGAAGAGGCACGUAAACAAGAAUGGAUGACCGAUCGUCGCGUGGUUUUAAAUCCCGAUGAAAGUAAAGAUGUGGCAGAGGCUCGUGGCAUCGAGAAUUUCGACAGAGAUUUAUCGGAUUCCCUUGUCUUAAUUGCUGUCACAGCUGCUUACUGUCCUUUUCUCAUUGAGGAAGAGUUGAGUGGAAUUUAUGUCCGUCCACGAAGUUACGAGGAGGCACUGCACAAUGCUAUUUGCGUGACAAACGCGUGGAAGAAGAUGCGACUUGGUUUUGUAAUUUCACCAUUGGAAAUCAUCUAUCCAAACUGCGUUAAAAUGUUGAUGUUGGUUAGAUAUUUAUUUAACAUACUGCCAACGUAUACCCCUAGGGCUAAGAUUAAAUUUAGCUGCCCCUUGACCGAAACUGUAACCAGGCAACUAAAUUUCACAAAUCCAACCGUACACAGCGUCGGUUUCUUGCUGUUGUUUUUUGACAACGAUAAUGAAUUUUUUACCAUAGUAUCGUCACAACCGAUCAUCAAUCUUAAUAGCCACGGUACUGCCAUAAUAAAGAUACAAUUCCACGCUAAGAAAAUAAAAGAGACUAAAGCUUAUUUACUGUUUUGUGGAUCCACGAUUGGUCCUCAUUUUAGCAAGAAUCAAAUGUUCAUUUUGGAGGGUCAAACCGACUGUUUAGGAAUUACGAAUGAAUAUACGAUAUGCAGCAAGCUGUACCAAGCAGUCGAAAAAACUCUAACUAUCAAUGUACCGUAUGAAAAUUCGACGGAAUACGAAAUUUGGGCGUCGGAAGAGCGACCAACUAAACCGAAUACUUUGAAACAGACGCGAUGGUCUGAGCUACGUUUAAGAAAGAUACCUCGGAGAUUGUUUUUAAAUCAAAAUUCAAUCGUAGUCAAAGAAGGUACUAAAAUAGCCCAUCUAUCGGUCACAGUGGCGUGUCUCUCGCCUUCCCAUCGAAGCUUUUGGAUCAUUUUUCAAUCAAAGAUGGGCGACUUUAUUAUUCAAAUAAAUUCACAAUGGCAAACAUCACUAACCGAUAAUAUCGUCGUCGAAUGGGACGAACAAAUUGAAAAAUGCAUUUGCACGGGACAGGACUAUUAUAAUGAAAUGUGUCGCUUGAAUCUGACUGUGCCAAUACCAUCGAAAAAUAAACAACUUUGGAGUUGCGUUGCUUACAUGUUUCAAAAGACGCUGGAUCCUAAAGAACGACUCUUUUGGUCUCGAUAUUUAGAUACGCAAAUUGGAUUACGUUUGAUUCGAUGGUUAAUGGGAAAUAGUGCGGACUCUGCUGCUAUGGAGUUUAGUCAUAUAUUUGAUGCGACAGUGACUUAUAACGUGAUAAUAUCCGACACAUCUGGUAUUCUUCGAUUUCCCAAGACGUUUACCAUAAACGACGUAAGGCCUUCUGCUGACAAUGUUCCAAUGAAGAUACACCUCUCGCCAUUCGUAGAUCAAUUAUGCCAAAUAACAAUGACGUUAGUCUCUGUUAACGGAAAUGAACGAAGAGUGUAUAAAGUCAGCUUCUUACGCGUAUAAAAGUAAGUUAUAAACGAAUACGACAUUUGUAAUAGAUCGUGCUUAUUUAUUAGAUGUCAGCAUUAUACAGGGUGUGUCAGUAUAUCGUAAAUAUAUGAGUAAUAACAAAGCACGUAAUUCUUAAGAUUUACUUUGUUAGUGUAAAAAUUGUUAAAAAUGCUGGCCAUCGUACUGCAUACACAGGUAUGCUCCCCGAAUUAAAUUUGGUACGGUAACUUAACCUCCGCGAUCACCGGAUUUGUCAUCCUUUGAUUUAUAUCUAUGGAGUCAUAUUAAAUGAAAAGUUUAUUCCGAAGGCAAUGCAAGUGUUGUACGAUUAAAAGCGAGAAUCAUUUUAGCGUUCGAGAAACUAAAAACGGAAAAUACGUUGAAAAGCGUGCAUGAAAAUGUAACUGGGACACCCUGUAUUAUAGAAUUUAAAAUCUGUUUCU